CUUGCACCCAAAGUUCGUUUCUCGCGUGUUAUUGCACCUUAGUACCUUACCUACAGGUACUAAAGCUUCUACAUGAACUAAUGCAUCACCACCACCUUGAGCGCUUAACAACAUAUGUACGCAACUCGCAACUAACCACAGCCCCAACUAUUCGAGCCUUACGCGCACUUUUCCGCCUGGGAGGUGCCAACUACUACUAGUAGCACCAAAUGUGCCUUGGUGGCGUGUAUUUGCCGAUCCCACUCGCCCAAAUCUCACUGCCCAUCAGCCACGCGAAACAGCCAAUACAAGGCGUCGGAACCCCCCCCCUGCAGCUGCGUAGCGCUCCAUGGCGUGUCUUGAGAUGCUUUGUCCGCGGCAGGGGUUUCACCACAAUAAUCAUCUUCUUCCAUUUACCGGUUUUCUCUGAUUCUCAUGGCGGUGUCGCCUUUUGGGGGGCUUGUUUUGUGAAACUAAUGAAGAAAAAAAAAGAGCACGGCUCAAGUAACCCGCUUUAUUAAUAGAACACCCAGGAACUAAUAAGGACGAGGCUAACUGGACAGAGACAACUGCUAGGAGAAGCAAA